CAACUUUUAGAGCCAGACAUGAUUUUUUCGCGGAUUUCUAAGGGUUAUCAACCCACAUGAACUUUAUGUAAACAACAUUAAACUUGUAAGGAAAUCACUAGAGACACAGUGAUUUAAGCUCAUCUAUCAAUAAUAUAUAUGUCUGGGAUCUUAACACUGUCACUUUCAUUCAGAAUAUUAUAAAAAAUUAAUUUUAAAAAAAUAUCCCUUAAAAACCUUAAAUAUUGAAACCUUUCAGUUGACAUCACCUCUUUUGAAAAUUGAGCAACAAAGAAAUACAAACAAAUUGAAAACACUAAUUUUAUCCUAGAAAAGAACUGUUUUAAGGCUUAAAUUCAAAGCUGGACUCGUUGAUAGCUAGCUCUACUUUAUAAUUAAAUAGGAAAUUAUAGAAAUUGGCUUAAAGUAAGUGCUGUUUUUGUUGAAAAAUUAACUUUAUGAUAUAAGUCACAUGUCUGAAGAAAACGAGAAUCCAGUAUACAGGAAGAUCAAUGUUCCCACGCAAUAUAGACAGGCAGCAAAGAUUUUGCAGCAAGUCUCUGAGGGUAAAUCCCUCAAAGAUUUGGUCUACAACAACAAACAUAUUAGAGUUGGAACAACGAUUGCGAUGCUUAAUAAAAUCCAGGCAAAUGAAAGACAGUUGGAUCAAAUAAUUGGAAAAACUGACAUCUUGCAAAAGAUUCCAAAUAAAUAUCUAGCAACAUAUUUGGUCGCUGAGUUGAUUUUUGGUCGAGGAGAAUUGAGUGGAUUUUCAAAGCCUGUAGAAUGCGUUAGGUCCUAUCAUGAUCAGUUAAAAGAAGCGCUUCUCGAUCUCGGGGAAGCUCCCAAAUUGCAUACAAACUUAUAUCAUAAAGUCCCUCGAUAUGUACGUCUUAAUACGCUGUUGAUGAAAAAAGCAGAAGCAAUGGAAUAUUUUGAACGUGAAGGAUGGAGAUAUAUUGAAAAUACUUUUGAGACUUAUGAGGAAUUCCUUGAAUCAGUUAGAAACUUAGAUGAUGAAAGCUACCUUUCUGAUUUCCAUAUUAAAAAUCUCUUUGUAUUUCCACCAAGCAGUAAGAAGUAUUUUGCAUCCAAUGAGCUAGCUGCUGAAGGAAAGUUUUUACUGCAAGAUAAAGCUUCGUGUCUACCUUCAUUCUUAUUGAAUCCACCUCAUAAAUCAACGGUUUUGGACAUGUGCUCAGCGCCUGGAAAUAAAACGACACAUUUGGCUGCAAUGAUGAAAAAUAAAGGCAAGAUAUAUGCUGUAGAAAUGAACACUCGUCGAUAUAAUACAUUAGUAGAAAUGACACAAGCUACAAAUGCCACUAUUAUACAAACAAUUAACCGUGAUGUCUUAGAAAUUAAAGAUGAAGACGUUCCAAAUGUUGAGUAUAUUUUAUUAGAUCCAUCAUGUUCAGGAAGUGGAAUUGCAAAUAGAUCAAUGAGCGAUACUCAUAAAGAUUUGAGUCGUUUAUACAAGCUUUCAGGAUUACAAUUUAAACUUUUAUCGCAUGCCAUGAUAUCAUUUCCAAAUGUCACUAGAAUUGUCUAUUCUACAUGCUCCAUAUAUCCUGAAGAGAAUGAGGAAGUUGUUAUGAGUUGCUUAUCUAAAAUCGGUAACUUUCGACUGGUUAAUGCUGGAGAGAUUUUAAAUAAUAAAUGGAAAAAUUAUGGAAAUGAAAAGAGUUAUCCAGGAAUUGGACAGAAUGUGCUAUACGCGAGCAAUGAUGAUGACUGCAGCGAUUUGACUAAUGGAUUUUUCGUUGCAGUUUUAGAAAAGUUUGAUGGUUUAAAUGAAUUUUACUUACAAAAGCAGCAAAACAUUUCAGCAUUUAGUGAAAAGUUUGGAAAAAGAAAGACGGAAGUGACUGGAGAAGAAAAUCCAGAUGAAAAUAAUGAAAAGCCUGUAAAAAAGAAGAAAAAGUGGAUUAAUAAAUGCUAUCAAUAAAUUUCUUUAACGAUCUUUUAACAAUUCAAAUUUUG